GGCUCCCUCGGGGUCCCGGCGGGCGGGCACUCGGCGGCCGCGGCGCGAUGGAGGCGCCGGCCGAAUUGCUGGCCGCGCUGCCCGCGCUGGCCACAGCGUUGGCACUGCUGCUCGCUUGGCUGCUGCUGCGGCGUGGGGCGGCCCCGGCCCCGGCCCCGGAACGCUCGUCCCCGACCGAGGCCCCCGGGGCUCCGGCACCGCCUGAGCCUCCCGAGCCCAGCGCCUCGGAGCCCGCACCCGCGGGGCCGCACCAGCCCGAGCGCAUGGCGGAGCCGAGAGAGCCCGUGGCGGAGGAGCCGGCGGACGAGGGGAGGCAGGAUGAAGAGCAGGACUCAGACAGUGAGACGGGGCCACCCACUGAAGAACCUGAGGAAGAGGAUGGAGCGGCCUUCUCCUUUAAGUACAGCCCUGGGCAGCUGAGGGGAAGCCAGUACAAGAGGAUGAUGACCAAAGAAGAGCUGGAGGAGGAGCAGAGAGUGCAGAAAGAACAGCUGGCUGCCAUCUUCAAGCUCAUGAAAGACAACAAGGAGACGUUUGGCGAGAUGUCUGAUGGUGACAUGCAGGAGCAGCUCCGGCUCUAUGACAUGUAGGCCUGUGGCCCAGCAAGACGUGACCCAGGACAUCCUGACAACCCUGAGGGACUUGGUCCAGGAGGUUGUGAUCCCCAGACUUUCAAAGGACUGUCUCGAAAACACAGAUAGCGUGGUGUGUUGUAUAAGGAUUCGCCCGGCCCCUGAAAUUUUGAUGUCCUGUUUGAGGAAUCGGCAUUGUUUUCUUCAGAGAAGGAAACCCCUGACUCCUCUGGCUUCAGUCGCUGGUGAGGCUCCAGCUGUGUCAUCUUCUACAGACCUAGGGCAGGUGGUCCCGGGAAGCUGACGAGGGCUUGGUGCUUGGACCCUGAGCACACUGUGUAGACAGAAUAUGGGGUGCUAUGGGGGUGAUGGGUGUACCUAGUAACCCUAUACUCUUCAUUCUGCCCUAGGGGUAUUUCUGGAGGUAUCUGGGGUGGCAGCAGAUAGUCUGAUUGAAAGGCUCAGCUGUUCCCCUGGGACGGAACAGUGGGGUCAGCAGUAGCUGCCACUGCCGACGCUCACCUCCAGGACAGCCAUGCCUUGAGCGAGUUUGGCACAAGCUGGACACUGUAGGCACAAAAAAUAAAACACACAACAGGACCUGGGGUAGAACACGUGGUUAGCAAGUUCAAGGCCCCUGAGUUCCACCCCCUCCUCCCCCCACCUACCACCCCAGGAUGACAGUGUGAUCCGUACCUUUGGUGAGACUACAAGCCCUUUAGAAAAUGAGAAAGAACCAGACAGCAUCCAGGGAAAUGCUCCAGCGUCCCCAGAAUAAUGCCUGCAUCGCAGAGUAGACUGCUCCGUGAUGAUGGGAAUGAGUGAGCCACAGUAGCCCCAUCAUGCCCACCAGUCCUACUUCUUGUCACCCCACUUAGCCGGAAAGUUCAUAGCCUGAGCAAACCGAAUCAAGGGUAUGCUGAGGACAGAAAGUGGGAAAGAUCUUAAGACCGACUUUUAUUUGCUAAAAUAAAGCUAAAUCAAUAUAAAGAUAUAGCUCAAACUAUGGGGAACAGAAUUAAUAUUUUAAAGAUUUAUUUUAUUUUAGCCAGUUAUGGUGGUACAACACUUUUCAUCCCAGUCUCGGGAGGCAGAAGCAGGCAAACCUCUGAGUUCAAGGCCAGCCUGGUCUACAGAGCAAAUUCCGGGACAGCCAGGGCUACACAGAGAAACCCUGUCUCAAAAAAACAAAACAAUACAGAAAAGAUCUUAUUUUGUUAUUGGUUUUUUUGUUUGUUUUCUUUUUUGAGACAGGGUUUCUCUGUGGCUUUGAAGCCUGUCCUAGAACUAGUUCUUGUGGACCAGGCUGGCCUCAAACUCAGAGAUCUGCCUGCUUCUCCUUUUUGGGUGCUAGGAUUAAAGGCAUAUGCCACCACUGCCUGGCUUUGUUUUGUUUUUGUUUUUGUUUUUCAAGACAGGAUUUCUUUGUGAAACAGCUCCAGCUGUCAUGAAACUCAUUUUGUAGAAAUCCACCUGCCCUAGCCUUCCAAGUUCACUACCUGGCAAGUUUAAUGGGUUUUGUUUUGUUUUGCCAUGGCCUCUCUAUGUAACCCUCGCUGUCCUGGAACUCACAGAGAUCCACCCACUUCUGUUGGCUUCCUGAGUGCUGGGAUUAAAGGUGUGCGCUACCACACCCAA